AUGGGUCAGAUAGUAAUGGCAAUAGUAUUCAUGAGCUUAAUGAGCAAAGAAAUAGGCUUGUUCGUUAUUGGAGACGUAGGGACUGCUUCUUCCUACGAUCCACCUUACACCCAAUGGGAAAUACUGUUGUAUGUCAUCUGGUGCAUUGUUUACAAGUACACAAAUCCAAGACAUUUGAGUUUCCAACAAAGCGAGAAUAACAGGGCAGACCAGUUUCCUCCGGGAAAUCUGUUCAGGGCGAUGAGCGAAGGGUUGUGGGACAACAGAGCAGCCUGCGGGCGGCGGUACCGGCUGCGGUGCCCGAGUGGCAGCAACGGGCCGUGCAAGGACGGCACGGUGGACGUCACUGUCGUGGAUUGCUGCCCCAAGUCUCCAUGUCCCUCCACCAUCCUCUUAUCCACCAAUCGCUUCUCCGCCAUCUCGGAAUAUUCCUCCGCCAAAAUCAAAGCCGAAUAUAUCCAGUAA